AUGAAUCCAAGCAACGAUCCGAUGGAGGGGGCAAACGGCACUGGGAAGCAGUUCUUGCGAGCUAGGCCGAAUGCAACCAAUGCAAAGGCUUCAAGCUUUGUAGCGUAUAAGUGCUCGGGUAUGGAUGAGCGCGGGUUUGAGGCAGUCGGAGACAAGCGAAAAGCGCACGGCUGGGCAAUGAAAGAGGGGCGGCGAAUUCGGAAGGAGUCCACGAAGAACAGGGAGCUAGCGGAGCACGGACAGAUCCAAGCAGAUAGAGCGGAUGAAGAGGGGGCAGUCCGCCAGGCACGAUUAGCAACCCAAGCGGAGCAGCUGGUCUGCUUGGCGGGCCUCCCGAAAUGCCAGUCGGCCGUGGAUGUCCAGACCUUGUAUGCUGGGCCGUCUGCUUUCUCUCCGCAGACCGAUAGGCGGAAGAGAUUGGUAGACCAGCUCAAGCGACUGAAGAUUGUCGACGGGAUGAAGGACAUCACAUGGAGCAAAAAGGGGCAGACCAUUCCGGUGCUGUGGGGUCUGCUCUGCGAGAAGCUUCAGCUGGGAACCGUUGUGAUGCAAGCGUCGCAAGCAGAAAGCGGGGGGCAGGCAGGCGUGGCAGAAACAGAACUGGACCCCGAAAUCGAGUCGGAAGAUGACGGCGGGUCGGAGGGUAGGAACGACCCCGUGGGCUCGGAGGACGGCGAGGUGGGGGACAGGGAAGGGGUACGCGAGGAAGUCCCUCUCGCACCGAUUGCUGAACGAGCCUUGAGCGGAGAUGAGGAGGCGUUUGGCCCUGCAGUGUACGAGGGCGGGUGGGAGGAGGCGGCUUUCUUCUUGCCUGACGAGAGUCCGACUCCUGCCGAACGCAGCCAUGGUUUUCCGGAGUGGGGGGUGGAAGAACCACUCCCGAUCGCGGGGGAUCCCUCUAGCCUGACCGACAACGAACACGGGGCAAAUUUGCGGAGGCUGUCAAUUUUUGAGGAGCUCUAA